GUGAUCAGUGAGCAUCCCCAAAGAACUGAAACCUUACAUUAAAACACAUAAUAGGGAACAGAACCUAGGAAACAUGCCAACUCAGCCUCUCUUGGCAUACAUGGAUGGACCGGAUGGAAUAGCCAGUACCGUUGGUGCACAGAUGGAGAAUAACGAUGCCUCAAUGACAAUAAAAGGAACAAACACAAUUUCUUACAAAAACUUGCAAGAAAAGUUUCUCAUGCAAGCUGAGGGAUGCAUGCCUCUGGACUGCAUGUUUUGUGACGAGACUUUUAAACAUCCUGAAGAACUUGGUAAGCAUGUUUUAACUCAGCAUAGGCCUACUCUUUGUGAACCAGCUGUCCUGCGUGUUGAAGCAGAGUAUCUUAGUCCUUUAGAUAAAUGUCAAGUAAGAACAAACUUGUCUUCACCAAACAAUGAAAAGGACAGUGAAGAACUUAGUUGUAAAGUUUGUGGACAAACAUUUGAUGAGGCUUUUGACGUCGAGGCACACAUGAAAAAGCAUAAAGAUUCUUUCACGUAUUGGUGUAAUGUAUGUGGAAGAAGAUUUAAAGAGCCGUGGUUCCUCAAAAAUCACAUGAGAACGCAUACUGGAAAGCCUGGUUCUAGAAACAAGCACCAACAAGAUUCUGAAAGCCCCAUAACAAUAAAUGAGGUGGUGCAGGAGCAUGUAACUGAAAAUGUAACGUCACCUUACAAAAUUUGUAUGGUUUGUGGUUUCCUAUUUCUCAAUAAAGAGACUCUAAUUGAGCACAGUAAAGUGCACACCAAAGAAUCAGUACCCAGUGGUGAAAGCCCCCAAGUGACUGGUGAACCUAAUGCAGAAGAAACGUCGCGAAGAGAGGAAUUUUUUCGAUUCUUGAACUUAAGACCAAACUUGGUUCCAGAAAAUGACAAAUCACAAAAACCUGUGAAAUGGAUAGCUGAACUAGAUCCUUUCAAUACAUAUCAAGCAUGGCAGCUGGCUACCAAAGGUAAAGUUGCAGUUGGCCAUGGCCAGACUAAAGAACCAGGGCAAGAAGGAAGUACAGACAAUGAUGAUUCAUCUUCUGAUAAAGAAGAACUUGGUGACAUUUGGAAUGCAAAUAAAGGUAGGAAUGCUAACUUAUCCCAAGACAAACUGAAACAUCACGGUGGAGAAGUGCCUUCUAUGGAGAUGGAUUCUAAACUGUCCCAGAACAAAGAGAAACCAACGCACUGUUCAGAGUGUGGUAAAGCCUUCAGAACAUACCACCAGCUAGUCCUUCAUUCCAGAGUACAUAAGAGAGACAGGCGCACUGAUGGAGAGACUUCAGCUGCUUCGAGGACGUACUGUGGUGAUAUAAUUGCAAGUCUGGAUGAAAAUGGAGCAGGAGAACGAAUAGAAGGAGGCUCUGAAGAUGGAUCUGAAGAUGGGCUUCCGGAAACACUUAAUUUGGAUAAAAAUGAAGACAGUUUGGAAAGAGCAAAAGUUAAAAACCUUGGAGCCUCCAGAGAAUGCAGCUAUUGUGGAAAGUAUUUUCGCUCAAAUUAUUACCUCAAUAUUCAUCUCAGAACUCAUACAGGUGAAAAACCAUACAAAUGUGAAUUCUGUGAGUAUGCAGCAGCACAGAAAACUUCACUGAGGUAUCAUUUAGAGAGGCACCACAAGGACAAGCAAGCUGAUAGUGCAGCAGACGUGAAAAGUGACAGCAAAGUUUCAUUACAGAGUCAGGAGACAGAGCUCUUGCUGGCUGCCGAUGGUGCUCAAGAAACCAAAAAUUCAAAGAGGCUUGUUCACUGUGCCAAAGAUGCUGAGGGCUGCCCACCUACCAAGCAGCAAAAGGAAGUUCUGUCCUUGAACAAUGCAAUAGGCAGCACAGUCCUUCUAAAAAUGAAAAAUAAUUCUAGGGAAUUGAACAAAGGUUCCGUUUGUAACAAUUCAAAUAAAAUACACGAGAACAUGUCCACUCCUUACCCGGAAAAACUAAAGGCUGAGAAGCAAACAAAGGAAGCUCAGCCCAAUGUUCCUCAUAAAAGAGAGAGAAAGGCUUCUGUGGCAUCGGAGGGAGAUGACGUCCAGUAUAUUUGUGCUUUAAAGGAUGGAAAAAAUGUGAAUGGUGUGCGAGAGCGCACUGAAAACUACAAACACAAACCUAUGGUGGACCCUCAAGAAAAGCCCUUGAACUUAUCUCUUGGGACUUCACAAGAAUGUUCAGCAGUUUCAACUAGAGGCCUGCUAGCACCCAGCACCUGUCCAUUUUGUACUUACAGAACAUUUUACCCGGAAGUUCUAAUGAUGCACCAGAGGCUGAUGCACAAAUACAAUCCUGACACUGUUAACAAAAAUGGCUGUAGAAGCAAGGCUCUAGCUAAAGCCAGACGCACUGGAUGCCCUCCAGCUCUGCUUGGUAAAGAUGUGCUUCCUCUCUCUUUUACUUCUAAUAAAAGUAAGGCUUCCCCAUCUACACAGCAAAAACUGUUGCAAACGGGGAAAGCUAAACAAUGUUACCCUCCGCAGAACAAAGUCCCUCUCUUUUCAGUGACUGACUCAAGCAGCGCAGCCCCAAGUAACCUCAAGUUUCAUAAACAGCAAAGUAAUAUUGGAGCUCAGGCAAAUAGCUAUAGACAACCUCAGCAAGAAAUGCACUCCAGUUCUAGUAUCUCUCCAGUUCUGGACAGAGUAAAAAGAUCUGAAUCUAAAGUAAAAGCUCUAAGUGUCCCAGUGUCUCAAUCUGGUCUGGUAAGCAGCAGUAUGAAUGGGACUCUCGACUCUCACCUAAAUGAACCUGCCUGGUCUUGUCAUCGAGGAAGAGACUAUGUUUGUAGUAAAUCUGUGAGCAAUGUAAAUCUAGACUAUGGUGAAACAUCUGCUAAACGAAUGAAACCUAAUCUGUUAGCUGUUGAACAUAUUGACUCUCCAAUGGCUAAUUACAGAAGAUACGAUAUGAGCAGAUUUCGUGUUGCAAACAGAUAUGCAAAUCUGCUACCUCAGGAAUGUUCUCGCACCAAACCUGCAUCCUCUGUUCUGCCAACCAAACAAGGGCUUCUGAAUUCAGAUGAUGUUGAUCCUCCUAAUGUAUUGACUGUUCUCAAACCUUAUGAGCCAUAUAGCUCUGGAUCACUUUACAGUUCUUGUGGAUCUAGCAAUGGCCAAGUAACCAGCUCUACAAUAGAAGGAAAGAGAUCUGUGUCAUACCAACACUUAUCCAGCAGUGUGCUACAAAAGCGAAGUUACGAAAGUUUCAUUGGUAAUGCACACUUUCGACCAAGUGACAAGAAGACUUAAUCAUUUACUUCAAGAAACG